CAUGCCCUGGUGGCUCCUGGUGGCUACCAGUGGCCCAUAGGAAUAAGGACACAGGUGGGCUGCGUUUGAGAGGAGCUGGUACCCAGGUGAUGAAGGUUGUUAGGCUGAUGCAGAGUGCAGGGAGGAGAUUAUGGCUGUGUCUUCGUCCUGAGGCACAGCCAUGAGCAGGAGCAUCCUGACCUCAGCGCUCAGCUCUGGGGUCUGAGCCAGGACCAAGUGUGUGCUCAAAGUAAAGGGUCUGGCUGAGCAGGCAAGAGCUUGAGGGAUGCUGGAGGUGAGGAAGAUGAGAGGGGCCUUGCUGGAGCAGUUUGCAGGCUGCCCUGGGCUGCCCCUGUAGUCUGUGCUCUGUCCCUAGGGCCAGCCCAGGGGCAGCGUCAAUGAGCAUCCUGCAGCCACCUCUCUGGGAGUGGGAUCCCCUGCACUGGCUGCAGCCAAGGAAGAACAAUAGUGAGGAAUGCUGCUCUCCUGGCUGGCAUAGGGCAAAUCCACUCCGUGCUUUCAAGAGUUUUCUAUUUGCAGCAGCAAACCUUGAAUUAAUGAUGUGCUAAUAGGGUCAGGUGAGGACAGCCUGUGGUGUUAUGAAAUGAUGUGGGGCCUGCCCAGUGGUGCUGGGGGAUGGUGACAGGUCUGUGUCCCACCACUGAGGGAUGGCUGGCCCUUCCUGCUGCCUGCAGGGUCAAACAGCCUGGUGUGGCAGCUGCCACUGCAGCCCUGAGCCUCAUGUGUGUCUUUGAUCUUGUACAGCAGCAUCCCUGUAGCAAGGGUGUCCCAUGUGCCCUGGACCACAGUGGAUCACCGUUAGGUGACUAGCCACAUGGGCAUAUUGGCCAUGCAAGAAGCUGCCUGCACCUCCUGUCAGUCAGUUGGCCAUCCAGCAAAGUGCAUGAGGGAGGGAUAAAACUGGGCACAUCCAUCUCUGCCAUCUCCAUCCAUGCUUGUGCCCAGGGCUGGCCCUGCUCCCCUUGCCAUGGGAGCAGCUGCAGACAGCCACUGUGGAAAUCUGUCCCUGCCCACCAGGAGCAGAGCUUCCACCUCAAUUACCAUCACCUUGCUCCUAAGCCUGCUUUGCCAAUCUCCAUAAGCAGCUUUCCCAGGACUCUGGCAGAAGCUGUAUUUAUAGCUCACUCUUACUUACGGAGCGUCUCUCCAACUAAUAAACUAAUAGGAUUCCUCCUGAAAGUACCUCUCCCAAGGUACACACACACACACACACACCCCUGCAUCUCCAGCCAAAGAUCAGAUGCCAGGGGAGGGACCACCAGAGGGGUAUAAGAAGCUUCAGCUCUGGGAGCAGCCUGUUGUGACUGCGUGGCAGCAGGACGUGGUGGGAGAGGAAGAGGAGAGCGUCUGUCUGCCUGUCUGUCUGUCCACCUGCCGGGUGAGUGCUGCCUGAUCUGCUGCCUGGGCCCUGCAGGUGCUUUGGGGCACUGAUUCUGCUGUUUGGUCAAACACUUGGCAGCAGGGACAUUGGUGCUGGACUGGGGCUGGAAGGAGAGUGGUUUGGGGCUGAAGGGAGAUAAACGUGGCCAAAAGGAUUUCAGUGUUGGCAGAGCCAGAGGGCAUGGGUGAAGGGGUUCAGUAGCAGCAAGAGAGAGCUUAGCAAAGUAGGAGGGGCCAAGUCCCCUCUCUGGAUCUUGGGAGAUGAGGAGUUCAGCUCUUCUCCACCUUUCAUCACUUUAUCUCCAAUUCCUGGAUUCUGGAGAAGGCUGAGCCUGUGGCACUGCUCUGCUGCUCCCACUCCCUUCACAACUUUUCUUGCUGCUGCCCAAGAAACCGUGCAGAUCCCCACCUGCACAGCCACUGACUUAAAAUGGCAGAUGGAGCAAAGGUGUUCAAGAAGACCAGCCCCAACAGCAAGCUAUCCAUCUACCUGGGGAAGAGAGACUUUGUGGACCAUGUGGAUUCAGUGGACUCUGUAGAUGGUGUCUGCCUGAUUGACCCGGAGUACCUAAAGGACAGAAAAGUGUACGUGACACUGACCUGCGCGUUUCGCUAUGGCCGAGACGACCUUGACGUUAUCGGACUGACCUUCAGGAAGGACCUCUAUGUCCUCACCACCCAGAUCUUCCCACCAGUGCCGGACCAGACACCCAAAACCCUCACUCCUUUGCAGGAGAAGCUGAUGAAGAAGCUUGGGGAGAAUGCCUACCCCUUCACCUUUGAGAUUGCCACCAACCUGCCCUGCUCGGUCACCCUCCAGCCAGGACCGGAUGAUGUGGGAAAGGCCUGUGGUGUGGACUUUGAGGUCAAAGGAUUUUGCGCUGAAAAUCUGGAGGAGAAAAUUCACAAGAGGAACUCGGUGCGCCUCAUCAUCCGCAAGAUCCAGUUUGCACCCCUGAAGAUGGGGCCAGCCCCAAAGUCGGAGACCACCCGGCAGUUCAUGAUGUCUGACAAGCCCCUGCACCUCGAAGCUUCCCUGGAUAAGGAGAUCUAUUACCAUGGAGACCCCAUCAACGUGACCGUCAAUAUCAACAACACCACCAACAAGAUUGUGAAAAAAAUUAAGAUCUCAGUUGAGCAGAUCACAGACGUCGUCCUCUAUUCUCUGGAUAAGUACACGAAGACUGUGUGCGCUGAGGAGAUAAAUGAGAACGUGGCAGCUAACUCCACCUUCUCCAAAACAUACUCCGUCACCCCCUUGCUCUCGGCCAACCGUGAGAAGAGAGGCCUGGCUCUCGAUGGCAAGCUCAAGCAUGAGGACACCAACCUGGCCUCCAGUACCAUCCUGAGACCUGGCAUGGACAAGGAGGUGCUGGGCAUCCUGGUGUCCUACAAAGUGAAGGUCAACCUGGUGGUGUCCCGAGGAGGCAUCCUGGGGGAUCUCACUUCCAGCGAUGUUGGUGUCGAGAUGCCUGUCAUCCUGAUGCACCCAAAGCCUGAGGAUGCGAGGAGGACAUCGUCAUCGAGGAAUUCGCUCGCCACAAACUCAAGGGGGAGAAAGACGAUGAAGAUGAGAAGGAGGAGGCUGACAAAGAGGAAAGCUAAGCUGCUGCCUGCUCGCACAUACAGCCACCCGUCUCACCCGCCCUGGUUUGGGGCAUAGAUGCCCAUAGCAUUUUCCCCGCUGUACCACACGCGGUGCACACCCCGCCAUGUGUUCCCCUAGCUGCACCUCCUUCCCUGACACCAAGCCCUGGCUGGGGCGGUAGGAGCCGCUGCAUCUCCUCCCGGAACCCUGGAAAAGCCCGACUGCGUGCAGGACGAUGCCCGCACCUCCUUCACCCAUAGGCGCCAGCGAAGGGACGAGGAGGGUGGGCCGGAGCCCACCGGCAUCAGCGUGUUUGUCGUUUGCCUGCGUGCUGCAAUACUCUGUGACACAGUUAUCAAUAAACCCGCCCCAGUGGCCCGGUGCAGGCUCCGUGUGGUGGUACCGGGGCCUCGGACGAGCCUGAAGCGAGCGGGC